CCUCUCAAAGAAUCGAUAUGAAAUUGAAUCCAUUAAAUAAUACUAUAUAAGUCUUAGACAAUAUAAUAAUAAUAUAAGUAGUGUAUUAUAUUAAUAUUUAUUUAUACUUAUCAUAAAAUAAGUUCUGAAAGACGGCAAAAUGUUGUCCGGGUGGUAUUGCCGUUCAAUGGCAAAUAUGCAAUCGGAAUCCGGCAAUGAUUUCGAGCAAGAUGCCGAGGAUGAUAGAGAUUUAGGAGCAAACGAUUCAGACGAUGAUAGCAGGGAUGAACAAACACCUAUCGAUUAUAAAGUUCUUUACCAUAACCUGAAAAGAAAACUGAAGUACCUAUUAUAUGAAAAUGAAUCCUUUCAAAGUGCAUUGCAAUCUUGCCAAAGACGCCAUUUGAAAGUAGCUCGUGAUAGAAGUUUUCUACUAGACAGAUUAUUACUGUAUGAGAAGGUCGAUCCCAGUUCUUCUGAGAGUGAAGAAACUGAGACAUCUGAUGAAGAACCUCAGCGAUCAGAAACUAUUAAAAGGAAACGUGAUAGUUUUCAAUCAAGCAAUCAUGGGUCUGCACAGAACGUAAACAUUGGAAAACCACAGCCUCCUCCUGCUAAGAAAAAGAGGACUAUACCUGUUAAACAAAAUCGGCAGGUCAAUGUGGCAUCCACACAAGUUAGAACACAGCAACCUGAAUCAACACCUCCAAGGGUGACCUUACCAAGUAUGUCAACAAUAACAAACAGCGGUGUAACUCUGUCAGAUGGUCGGUUAACAGCAGAGGAAGUUGAACGGCAUUUGCAAUCACGCCAAAGUGGUGGCUAUCGUGAACUAUUAUCAGAAAGAGCUCCACCUACAGUUCCCACUGAAAUGUUCAGCAAUGAUCCUUCUCUUGACAGUGAGUCUAAUGAUUUGUUGGAGACUUCACCAAGUAAUAUUGGAGAAGAUUGUUUAAGUGUUGAUAUGAAUCUACUAGGAGAAUAA